GGGCUAGCAAUCUUGUCAAAUUGGACUCUCCCGAAAAAAAAAAAAAAAAAAAAAACCGAUUCGUUCUCCAUUGUUUUCAUUGUUAGAGAGAGAAAGAAGUUGAAGGAAGAAGGUACAACAAUGGCGACCUCUCUACAAAGAGCUGGUCUCAGACUAACUCAUCUUAGCCGAUCUGCGCUCAUUUCAACUAAGUCCUUCUCAUCUCAAGCCGAUUCUUUAGUCGAAUCUCGCCCUGGUGAGAUCGGCGUCGUCGCUGGAAUCCCCGAAGAACACCUUCGUCGUCGAGUUGUGAUUUACUCACCUGCUCGCGUUGCAACACAGCAAGGUGCUGGCAAAGUUGGGAAGUGGAAGAUCAACUUCCUUUCGACACAAAAGUGGGAGAAUCCAUUGAUGGGAUGGACAUCCACUGGAGACCCUUAUGCCAAUGUUGGUGAAUCAGCACUGACUUUCAACAGUGAAGAAGAUGCAAAAGCCUUUGCUGAGAGACAUGGAUGGCAAUAUGAGGUAAAAAAGCGUCACACACCACUUCUGAAGCCUAAAGCAUACGCAGACAAUUUCAAGUGGAAGGGUCCUCCGAUCCAGGAAAGCUAGACUUCUUUCGUUGUUAUGAGGAUGAAAUGCUUUAAUUCGUUGUUCGUCGAUUGUGCAUUUUCCUUUCUUUUGCUGGAUAAUAAUUGUAAUGCACCACCCACUGGCAUUUGCAUAGUGCUACGGCAGAAGAACACUGCCAAUUUCUUGUACUGUUCAGUUGGAACUUUGUAGAAUUUUCAAGAGCCAUGAAAUAUACUUGUCUUUGAACUAGUAGUACAACAUAUCACUUGUAUGAGGCUAAUAGUUUAUUCAUAUCAUAUACAGUACUUAUUAAGUUACAUAUUAUCUA